AUGGCGAUCACGAUGGGAUACGGUGGAGUGGGCAAGCUCACCGAUGAGAAGUUCGCGAGAGGGUGGAUCAAGUGCAUCCCGAGGGUCGCCAGUGGCGAGCACAUCGGGUCGAAUCUGAAUCCAUGGAACGAAGACGACUUCAAGCCACACGAGAUCAACGAAUGGUUCGUGCACGUCUACUACGACCUCGCGCUUGGAGUGCGGCGUGGGCGCGGUCCAAACGGCGCGUGGUGCGCAGUGAUCUGUCCGUGCUCCAGGCUGACCGAGGAGCAACCGCCGGCGGAGAUCGCGAUGCGCGUGGCUGACCUCUUCGGCCUCGCCGGUGACUGGAUGCCGAGCGGGAUCUCGUACGAAGGGCUCCUGCACUACAAGAUCCAGAAUGCCUUGGAGGUGGUGGAGGAGUGGAAGAGGGGCACCUUCUCGCCGCGCGUGCUGGCAAAGAUGGUCCGCGCCAUGGGUAAGAUUGGAAUGCUUACGCCACAGGAGUAUGAGCCGAUGGUAGCCCACAUCGCACAGGUGAUUGGAUGGAGUGAGAUGGAUGUGUGGGGCGCGAUAAAAAUCGCUGGGGAGCAUGACUUCACCAGCAAGGCUAUCAAGAUCAAUGAAGUCCGAGUGCUCGCGGAUGGCGCGAAGGAUCUCGACGAUGCGAUAAGCCUCCAGCGGGAUGGCGAGAGCAUCGAGCUCACCACGUAUAUCGCGCUCCCGGCCUCGAGCUUGACGCGUGAUGACAGCGCGUUCGCCGACGCGUUGGAGCAACGCGAGACGCUCUACUUCGCCAGAGGCAAGCGCUCCAUGCUUCCUGACGCCCUCGAAGCCUCGCACAGCCUCUCUGAUGCUCAGGAGCGCGCCGCGCUCGAGGUCAAGAUGAUGUUCGACGCUUCGAACGUCGCGAUCUGCAAGGAUGUGCGCGUGCGCGCGACCUCUGUGCGCGUCGACAAGGCGUUGACCUACGCGCAGGCGCGCGCGCUGCUAAAAGCAGGCGAUACAGACAUGCGCGACCUGGCGUGGUUGUCCGCGCAGCUGUUUCGCGCGCGCAACACGCAUGCGCUCGCGUUAUUCGAUGGGGACGCCGCAGAGCACGGCCUCUACAUGACCGGCGAGGGCAUCAUCGAGCACGCGCACCGCGCGCACAUGAUCGUCGCCGAAGCUAUGAUCCUGACAAACCGCGCGCUGGCCGAGUGGUGCAGGGCUCGCGCGCUCCCCAUCAUGUGGCGAAACCACCGCGCGCAGAGUGAAGACGCUGAUGUCACCGAGGCGUUCGCGCUGGCGAGGGCGCGAGGCGACGCGCGCGAGAUGUUCUUGCUCGCGCCAAAGCUGAUGCAUUGUCUCGCGCGGGCAACCUACAACAGCACCAGAGAGGAGCAUUUUGGCCUCGGGCUCGAUGGUUACGCGCACUUCACCUCGCCGCUUCGACGCGCCGCCGACCUCAUCAACCAGGCCCAGAUCCUUGCUUAUCUGAACCACGCGCCGCUCCCCUUCCUUGAGGAUGCACUGGCUGGCAUCGAAGAGAUGUGGCGAGCACCAGGGCAGCAGGAGGCAAUCGACGAGAGGCGCGCGGAGAGGAGCAAGAAGCAGCACACCAGGCGCGCGAAGAAGAAGCUCGAGAGGACAGGCGUGAUUUACAAGAACGCCGCGGCGUUCGAGCGCUUGACCAAGGCCAUGGCGCGCGGACAUCUCGAGAUGGAUGUCGAGGAGCUCGCCGAACAGCUCGAGCUCGCCGCGCGUCGCAGAUGUGUCCCGGUCCCGGUGCUCUCCACCAUCUUGCUCGAGGAGGGAGUGUCUGAACUCGUCGAGCCCGCGCUCCAGGCGUUGAUUUCCACGCCAUCGCUCGCCGUGUCGCUGUGGCAUCACGGCCAAAAUAUCGAGGUGCUCGAUGCGGUGCGCGUCAAAGAAGGGAAGAUGAGGGCGAUAUCCAGCAAGUCAUGGUGGGGUGAGUUUCGGCGGAUCCUGGCCGAGCCUUGUGAUAGGCGGGGUGCGCUUCUCCAUGAACUCCGGGAUGUCGUCCCAGACUUUGGAGAGGAGGAGAAGGCCGCGGCCCGAGCGCGUUUGCUCGAGGAGAUCGACCCCUGGGAACUGACAGUGGCCGUGCUCCCGUUGAUGAUGACCCAUGCCAAGACGCCGACACCCUGGCGGGUAUAUCCAGACCAGGACUCUGGCGUUGGACACGACGCGUAUGCUGUGGCUGGCGUCGAGCUGUUCGAGGAGACCGAUGAUGCAGGCGUCUACCUCCUGAUCGCGUUCUACCGCACGCUCACCUCGUUGUUCUGUGAAGCAAUGGAGAACGUACGCGCGCGCGACCUCGAGCAGAUACGUCGAUACGCCGGGGUCGUGUGGCCUGACGAGCUCUUCAGCGGGUUCAUCGAGAGGUUGCACUUCGGUGGCGUUUCCGACAGGAGCCGUUUCUUCGAGCUCAGGCGGAUGCUCGUGCGCCUCGAGGGGUGUCAAAGUCUGAGCAUGUUGGUGGUCCUGCUUGACACCAACCCUCUCACCCCGGAGCCAAGAGGCUCCAUGGUUUGGCCAGCGAUCCGAUGUGUCGCGGAAGCCAUCAACGAGCGGGUCUUUGCCUGGCCAUGGGAGCGCGCGGUGCUCCAGGCCCGCAUCGAGUUCAGGCACACCACCGACUUCGAGCAGGUCAUGAACGACGUCAUCGACUCAUGUUGCUUGAAGGUCCAGGAGAAGAGGCGAGAGGUUUUUGUCGAAUCGAAAUCUCUUUGA